CUCCUUCUCCUUCCAAAGGGGAUUGUGAUUUCUUUGGGUACAACCCCACAUGCCUAUGGACUCCCGUUGUGGUAGGCGCUGACCUGCUAGGGCAGUGCUUAAGCCCUGCUAAUAGGAGCGCGGGGCCACUUGGAUUUCUCUGAAACGCCUGGGAUAUUCAAGCAGGGAAACGUGGUGACCCAGACUCGUGUCAGCAUCAAUAAGGGAACGUCGGACUCGGACCAGAGGGGUAUAGAACCAACUGCGUGGUGGAGAGGCGAGGAAAAUCCUCUGGGAAUCGUCUAUAGAGCAACUUCGGUGCAAGUCUCCGUUGGGCAUCAUGGGGGAACAACCCAUCUUCAGCACCCGAGCUCAUGUCUUCCAGAUUGACCCAAACACUAAGAAGAACUGGGUUCCCACCAGCAAGCAUGCUGUUACUGUGUCCUACUUCUAUGACAGCACAAGAAAUGUCUAUAGGAUAAUCAGCUUGGAUGGCUCAAAGGCAAUAAUUAAUAGCACUAUCACCCCCAACAUGACAUUUACUAAAACAUCCCAGAAGUUUGGCCAGUGGGCAGACAGCAGGGCGAAUACUGUCUAUGGCUUGGGAUUUUCCUCUGAACAUCAUCUUUCAAAAUUUGCAGAAAAAUUUCAGGAAUUCAAAGAAGCUGCACGAUUAGCAAAGGAGAAAUCCCAAGAAAAGAUGGAGCUAACAAGUACACCUUCACAGGAAUCAGCAGGAGGGGACAUUCAAUCUCCUUUAACACCAGAAAGCAUUAAUGGAACAGAUGAUGAAAGAACAACUCCAGAAGUGACACAGAACUCGGAACCAAGGGCUGAACCAACCCAGAAUGCAUUGCCAUUUACACAUAGUUCGACAAUCAGCAAGCACUGGGAGGCAGAACUGGCCACACUUAAGGGUAACAAUGCCAAGCUCACAGCAGCUCUGCUGGAGUCCACUGCCAAUGUAAAACAAUGGAAACAACAGCUUGCUGCAUAUCAGGAGGAAGCAGAACGUCUACAUAAGCGGGUGACUGAGCUGGAGUGUGUGAGCAGUCAAGCAAAUGCAGUCCAUACACAUAAAACAGAAUUAAACCAGACAAUACAGGAAUUAGAAUCCACAUUGAAGAAGAAAGAAGAGGAAAUAGAAAGAUUGAAACAAGAAAUUGAUAAUGCCAGAGAGCUUCAGGCACAGAGGGAUGCUUUGACCCAGAAGCUCCAGGAAGUAGAAAUUCGAAACAAGGACCUGGAAGGACAGCUGUCUGAUCUAGAGCAACGUCUGGAGAAAAGUCAGAAUGAGCAAGAAGCUUUUCGCAAUAACUUGAAGACACUUUUAGAAAUUCUUGAUGGAAAAAUCUUUGAACUAACAGAAUUACGAGAUAACCUGGCCAAGCUAAUAGAAUGCAGCUAAAGAAAUGGGAUUUCAGUGCCAAUCAUCUUAAAGAUGCACUGUCUCUCUUCAUAGGACUAUGUUGGGCUCUGCAUCAAAGUUGCACAAAAUUAGAAAAAUGCUCCUCCAAGAGGGCCUAUUUUAAAUUUGAACAGUAUAUUUCAAUGUAAAAUUUAGAAUUCAUCUUGUAGCUAGUUAAAAAAGAAAACACUUGAAUUACAAAUUACCUCCAUGUAUAUUAUUGGCCAUAAAUAACUUGAAGAAAGAUAUUAACAGUAAUUAAAUGCAAUGAUUUUCUAAUUAUUAGCCAGUGGAAGAAUUAGCAGUGUCCCAGGUCACAUCCCCUUUUUGUGUUAGACACAAUGUAGAUUAUCUGCUUUUUUAUUUAAUUAAGAUAUCUAAUUGAUGUGUUUUGUGCAAAAACUUAGUGAUGACAGCCCUGUCUUUUGUUGUAAUCUUAAUAAUUUCUCAGGAUAUUUUGCACUGUUGAGAAACAGUGCCAUUACCAAUUAAUUCUUGCCAGGAGUGAGAGAGAAUUGCAUCUUUAAUUGAAACAUAGUUAAUAGAACUGCUUGUAUAGAGUUCUUCCUUUUUUUAUACUGGAAGAUACUGUAUUUCUUUAUGAAGUUCACUCUGGUGUUCUAUAAUAUUGUCCAGUGUAUGGUUUACUUUCCAUAUUAAUUCCAUGUAUUUACAAUGAGAUACUGUCUCCCAUUUUAUUACACAUUUUGAAGCCAACCAAUGAAGGCAGGUGAGUUCCUCAGAAAAAAAGUAUUUUUAAAUUUAAAAUUUGACAUACACAGCUAAAUAUAGAUAGCCAGUCAUUUAUUGUCUGGCCAUAUUAAACAUCAAAUAUAAUUAGAAUGUGCAGUUACUUGAAGAUGUUUUAUUAGCCUAUUUUGCAAGAAAUCUUUUCUGAAUGAUCAGUGCAUUUCAGUUUUGUGUGAUAAUGGCUAGUGGAGAACACUGUUUAUUGAUCAUGUUAAGGAGAUGGCGCUAUUACAAGGGGAUUAUCUUUACGUUGAACUUGCCCAGCCAAGAGAAAUGUUUUUAGAAGCUGUGUAGUCAUAGCAAAUUGAAAUGGAGACAUGUUUUCUCUGUAUAGUUCUUCACACCACAUCUUUAUCAAAACCACACCAGGCAAUAUUCUGAACUGUUACAUAGUUGUUUAAAAAGAGGAACUGAAUUCACUUAUCCUCAGUGAAUGGGUUUUAAAGUUGUUUUGAUGUAAUUUUAACAGACUUUUGGCAAACAUGCAUUUCGCUAUAUAAUAUAUUUAUUUUAAGAAAAGUCAUUGAAAGGUAAGCCAAGUGUCAUAUGUUUGCUUAUUGAAUGGGAAGUGCAUCAAAGUAUGUUGUUGCCAUAAAUUGCCUGCAAUGUUGGAGAGGGUUUUUUUUUUUUUAAAUGUCUGAAUGAGUAUCAGACUCAAGAGUCUCAAGAUGCACUGAGUUUUUGUUUGCGCCCAAAAUGAAUUUGAAUGUUAAAUACAAAAUCCAGAUGAUUACUAAAUUUGUAUAACAGACAAUUUUCUCCACUUUUACAGAGUGAUAUUCAAAACUAGAAAACGUAGGUCUGGUUUGUGUGUGUGUGUACCGUAUAUAUAAUACACACAUUCUAAUUUACAUUGGAAAGAGAGAAAAUACCUGGUUUGUUUAUAAAAUAUCAUUUUUUCUUUACAAUGAUUUAUCAGGUUCCCCUGACAAGUCAGGAGAACAGUUCAGAUCAAAUACUAAACCAUCAUGUAUUAUACUAUAUGUACUGUACACACCAUUUACAUUUCCUCCAUAUUUUUAGGGUAUUUUCUCACCUAUUUUAUUUAUUAAGAGGGGGAAAAGCUUAGUUCAGCGUGCGUGUGGUUGAAAGCUUUCUGUGGUGAGUUACAUAUUUUUUAUGUGGUGGAUGUUAAAUGAUGAUGAUAUGGGUAACUUCAUCAGGUGAGCAGAAAUCACCAGAUUUUAAUUUACAUGAAGAUAUUUGGGGCUGAUUCUCUUGUGAUUUACACCAGUGAUUACACACAGAAGAAUCUGCAAUGAUGUCAGUGGAGUUACACUGGUUAAAACUGGUUUAUGUGUCAGGAGAAUCAAGCCCAUUAAAACUGGAUGGGCUUAAUUAGGAGAAAGUAAAAGGAAAAACAAUAGCAAGUUGAUAGGAUAAUAAAUGUGAUAUUAUUUAAAAUUAUAUUAUCUGAACUUUUAAAAAUAUCAUUUAAAUGUGGGAAAAUAGCUUACAA